AGAAAAGAUUGGGUGUUGAGUGGGUAGGUGAAAAGUGUGAAAGGGCGGGAAUUGAUGGCGGGAGAAAUUGAUGCUCCUCAAGAUUUACGACUUAAAUUUAAUAAACAAAAAUAAAGGAAAAUAAUACAACAAAAUAAAAGUGCAUAACAAUAAAAACAGAUUCAAACAUUUUUCAUGGCGUAUCUAAAUAAUUAUUUACAUAAAAAAUAUUUAUCAAAAGAUAAAAGAAAGAAAAUGAAGAGUCGCUUCAAAAAACUUGGCUGAAAAAUAAUUUUCUUCUACAAAAAGGAUUUGUAAUUUCGCCUAAAAUCAGCAUUAAAAUUAACCAACAAACUCCAUCUUUUGUCAAGAUUUUUUUAGCGUAACACAAGUGCUUAAUUACGAUCACAGCAACCAUCACAUUAGUCUAUCACAGUCAUUACAAUCGGCUAUUACACUAUAUUGACAAUAGUCUAUUAUUGAUCGAAUUCCGCUUAAAAGUUUCUAAGAUGAAUACGUUUAAAUGGUUCAAAAACGAACAGUUCAGCUAAGACAUUUUUUGUUAUUAUAAAAGGAGAUAGGUUAAUAAUAAUUAUGGAACGCAACGAAGAAAAAAACUUUAUUGAGUUAAACUUAUUACUUUAAAAUUUAUUGAGUGCAGCGAAAGUUACAUUUUCAAUGGAACUUUAAUAUAUCAAUAGUAGACAUAAAAGCAAUCACAGUCUGGUUUAAUACGUUACCUCAUACCAAACCAAGAAAAAUAAGAUUUAGUUCUAAAAGCUUUAAAGAAACGAUAAUAAAAAAGUGACUUUUAAUCAAAUCGUCUUUUUUAUAAGCCAUAUUUUAAAACAUCCCCAAUACUCAUUCUAAACCUUCAUACGUCAUGUAUAGAAAACAGUUAAAAAGUCAGGGUCUUUCAAUUGAAAGGCAUUCGUCGAUGCCUGAAAUGACCCGCGACGAGUUUUUAGAAAAAAUGAAAGAAUCCACCACCAAUUUAAAAAGAAAUAAUAGUUUGAGCAACGUUUCUACAACUCUCCCAAAAAGGGUCAUAAAAACAAAAGUUUCCAGUAGAUUACUUCAAGGGACAGCCGCUAGUCAAGGUAAAAUAAAGGAAAAAGUUUCCUACGUCCCUAUAAACAAGAAGCCUGAUCCUAUAUGGACCCAACAACCAAUAGGAAACGUUGACAGUGGAUACCAAACACAGACUUUUAUAAAAUACCACGAUUUUGACAAGAAAAAGAGCUUUCAGUAUUCAGAUUCAAAAAAAGAAGAUCGAGAAGAAAUAAUUACCUUUGAAGCAAGUCAAAAAUCAUUUAACACCAAUAAGCAUUUAGCAAGCGAUAUCAGUAUUGAAAGAAAAACGGUAUCAAAAGAAAGCAGUCAAAAACAAACACUUGUAAAUGAAAGCAAGUAUUCAAAACAAUCUUCGUUUACUUCUUUGCCACCAGAAAGAAAAACUAGCAUCAAAUCAGAUUCAUUUAGUUUUAAAACUCCUCAAAGUAAAAAUAACAACGAUUUACCAAAGUUUUUUGGACCAAAAACUGUUGAAAGCAACAUUGGCUCGCAAAUGUUAAAAGAAGAAAGAACAAAGGAUGAUGAAGAUAUACCCACACGUUUGUUUCAAAAAUAUAAAGACGGAAAGUUGCUUCAGAACGUUGAGCUUUACCAAAGUAGUUCACAAGAAACAUCUGAGUUUAAGACUAGAAAAACUUCUAGUAACAAUAAAGAAGACAAUUUUUCAAAUAUUUUUUCAAAAAUACAGUAUUCCAGCCAAGAUCAAAUUUCCGUUGACUUUUCACGACGUACUUUUACAACUUUAUCUUCGGGAACAUUUGAUUCCAAUACUUUUAAAUACAUAUAUACCGUUGACGCCGAACUUAGUUACAAGGAAUACAACAAGUUAUUAAGUAUGAUCAACUUGUUGCAAGGCCAAAAGCGUAAAUUGGAAGACGAAGUCCUAGAACUAAAAGAAAAGUUUGAAAAGACUGGUAAAGAAAAAAUGCAAUUAGCUCACAACAACCAUAUAUUAAGACAAAGCUUGGAUGCAGCAAAUCGAGCAAUAAAAGAGAUUAACGAUAAAGUAAGCGAGUUAAAGCAAACACUGGUGCCACUAAGACAAGAUAACACUCAAUUAAGGAAAGAUAAUGAUUUACUUAAGGCUGAAAAAGUUCAAGUUCAAAAAGAAAUGAAUGAACUUAAAGUACAUAUUGAAGUAUCCAAGAAUGAAAAACUUGUUAUGACCAAUGAAAUUCAAGACCUUAAGUCAUUAAAAUGUUUAGCAGAAGAUAAAUUGUCUCAACAAAGUCGGGAAAACGAAAAUUACAAAAACAGUAUGCAUGAAAAGUUUAAAAAACUGGAAGAAGCUUAUCGAAAUUACUGUUUAGAUAUGGAAAAAAAACUAACGAAAUCAAGUAAUGAAGUUGAGAAUUUGAGAGAGACAAACGAAACUAUUAAAUCGGAAACUGAUAGUUUGAAAAAAGAAAAUGAAUUUUUGAAAGAGAUAAAUGGCGGUUUAGUUAAAACAAAUCAAAAAUUGCAAAAUGAAAUUUCGCAAAUUAAAGAAACCCAAUUUUCUAAUGAAAAGAACACAAAAUCAGAGUUCUUUGAAGCACAAAAGUUGCAGAUUGAAGAACUCAACGAAGAAAUUAUUCAUUAUAAAGAAAAAACAAAUAGGUUCAAAAAUAAUUGCAAAGUUUUACAAGUAGAAAUUGAGAAGCUGAAGAGGGACAUAAGUAAUACUGAAAACAUUUGCAAAGAUUCGGAAGCAAAAUACGAGAUGGUGUUUAAUUUAAGAAAAAUUGACGGACAACAAAUUGAAAUUCUCAAAGAAGAAGCUGAAGAGCUAAAGAAAAAAUUAAGCAAUUUAAACGAAAUACGCGACGAAAAAGAAAUAUUACAAAAAGAGAAGCAAGCGUGUUUAGAUCAACUUGAACUCAUGCGAAAAGAAAUGGAAGAACUAAAAAGGUUGUGCAGCGAAUGUAAAUCCCACCUUGAUGAAAACAAUCUACUAAGAUCUGAGUUAGAGAUGUUUAAAAAUCUUCUUAACGACUUUGAAGAACUCAAGCAAAAAAAAAUAAACGACGAUAAAGAGAAAAUAGAGCUUAUAGGGGAGCUCCAAAAUCUAAGAGAACAGCUGAGAAUACUUGAAGAGAAGCAAAAAUCCAUAUCAAGUCCAUAUAACAACGAGAUAAAAGUUGAGUUAGAAAACCUUCGCCAACAAAUGAAAGAUUUAGCAGAACUCAACGAGAGACGAAAAAUUGAGUUAUAUACUGGGGAGAUUAAGUCUGAGUUAGAAAACCUACGUUUGCAAUUUAAAGAAAUGAACCGGCCAAACCAAAGUGCUGAUGCAAUAAAAGACGAAAACUAUAAUAACAAAAGUGAGAAAAACAGACAAUUUCAUCAAGAAACUGUCGAUUCAGUUGACCAAAGUAGACAUGUUUAUGAUAAAAGCAAACUCCACGAUGGAAAAAAUAAUCAUCCUCAUGACAAAAUUAGCUUUCUGGACAACAAAAGUGAAAGGUUGAGUAAAAUAAAUGAUCACCUUACUGAUAAUAAGUCAAGCACCAUAAUAAAAAAUCAACAUUUGCCAAUUAAUGAGCACGUAAAAGCACAAUCUGUUGUCAUAGAAACGGAAGUUUACUCUGCGAUUGAAAACGAACUAUCAAACGUUCCAGAUCAAGAGUUCUCCGAUAACGAAGAAACAAAUAGAAUGCAAAUUUUUUUAUCAAAUAAAGAAGAAAAUGAACUCAGGCAAAAUCAGUCUCUUUAUCAAGUUACAAAUGACCAAGAAAAAAAGCAUCCAAUUACUAGAGAAGCUUCUAAUAAAAAAAAAGAAGCGACCUUUGCAAACAAACUGGAGCAAGAAACGUUACUUUUAAUUGACGAAAACACAAAAAAAAUUCGAGAUACCGAAACUCAUAAUGACCAAGAUAUGAGUUUUCAUCAUAAUUACAGAAAUAAAGAUAAACAAGGCAAAACUGACUUCUUAAACGAACAAGAAAAUAUCCAAAUUCUACAACAUAAAAAUGAACUAAAAAAUAUUCAACUUGUAAAUCAAUCUGCAACACAAACUGUAAUACAACCUUUAGCACAAUUUGCAACUUAUAAAGAACACAAGAAUAAAAUUAAUCAAAACCUAUACUAUAAAGAAGAUAAAAAAAUUUUAGCGGAGGAUUAUAUUAAUAAAGAAAAAGGAGAAUUUUAUGUCUCUAACGAAGAAGACAGUAUACCUCAAAUAGAAAAGUUCACUUCUAAUGAAGAAGACAGUAUACCUCAAAUAGAAAAGCUCACUUCUAAUGAAGAAGACAGUAUACCUCAAAUAGAAAAGCUUACUUCUAAUGAAGAAGACAGUAUACCUCAAAUAGAAAAGUUCACUUCUAAUGAAGAAAACAAUAGGAGAAUGGAAUUUCAACAGAGCUACUCAGACAAGGAAAACACUAGAAAAGGUCUUUUAAAUGAACACAGUAUAAGAUUACACCAAAAUCGUUAUGAAAAUGAAUUCUCUAAAGAAAGUUUUUUUUAUGAACAAUCAAGUCAAAAUGAUAAAAUGAUUUAUCAACAAAAUGAUAAUUUAGCAAAAAAGCAUGAGUUCGAGGUUUCAAAUAAUCAACAAACUAACCACAUAAAACUUAUUGGAGAAAAUAGAAAGUAUCAAAAUGAAUUUUAUGGGGACGAAAAUGAACUUCGUCAAAAUGUUUCUCCGCAAUCUUAUACUCAAAACAAUAGAUCCGUAAAUAAUACAGAUUUUUAUGAAGGAGAUAGCAUAUUUCAUCAAGUAUUACCCACAAAUAAUGAGACAAAAAAACAAACUUUAAAUGAAAAUGAUAGAUCUAAUAAAAAUCUUAUCUACGAUGAAGACAAUCAAGGAAAUCAGAUUACAGAAAAAAAUAAGUACGGAAAAAAUCAAAAAAUGCACGAGUCGAGUUUUAACAAAACAAAAAUUCAGGAGCUCGAAGAAAGGCAAAAGGCUCAAGUGGAAGGUAAAAACAUAUACGAGGAAGACCAAAGUAUGCAGAAAAUAGAUAAAAGAAAGCAGAUGAAAGAUGAAAUAAAGAAUGAAGAUAAUUACAAAAUACAAGAGGAAAGUGAUAAAAAAUAUUAUGAAAAUCAAGGAAUGCAUGAAAGAAGUGAAAGUAAAAAUCAUGAAAACGAUAGAAAAGAUAUAACAAGUACUAAUAAAUACAAAGAAAGACAAAAAGAGAAUUUGGAAAAUGAAAGAAUAUACAAAGAAACACAAAGAAUGCAGUUGAUAGGUGAAAACAAUUAUGAAGGAAAUCAAAUAAUGCAGAUAACAGAUAAAAGAAAACAUGAAGAAAAUUACAAAUUACAAAAGGAAGUUGAAAAUAAAUUCAAAGAAAAUAAAACAACGCGUGUAACAAGCGAAAGCAGGUUUCAAGAAAGUCGCGAAAGAUAUACAACCGAUACAAAUAAAUAUGAAGAUAAUCAAAGAAUGCAUACGACAUCCGAUACAAACAAGUAUGGAGAUAAUCAAAGAAUGCAUACGACAACCGAUACAAACAAGUAUGAAGAUAAUCAAAGAAUGCAUACAGCAACCGAUAAAAAUAGAUAUGAAGUUAAUCAAAGAAUGCAUACAGCAACCGUUACAAAUAAAUUUGAAGUUAAUCAAAGAGUGCAUACGAAAACCGAUACAAACCAAUAUGAAGAUAAUCAAAGAAUGCAUACAACAAGCGAAAGCAAAUAUAAAGAAAAUAAAAGAGAAAAUGCAGCAGGUGUUGACAAUUAUCAGGAAAGACAACGAAUGCAGUUAACAAAUGAAAACAAAUACUCAAACCAAAGGAUACAAGCGGAAGAUGAAAAUGAAUACAAAGAAAUACAAAUAAUGCAGGUCGAAAAUGAAAACGUACAUCAAGAAAAUCAAAAAGUGCACAUAAAAGACACAAAAAAUUACAAUGAAAAACAAAAGCAAUUGACAGAUAAAAUGAAUUACGAAGAAAAUAACAGACAACAAGCUGAUGAUAAAAACAAGUUCGAAGAAAAUCGAAGAACACAUGUAACAAGUGAAAACAAGCACCAAAAAAAUGAAAACGUAACAGGUACAAAAAAAUAUGAAGAAAAGCAGAGAAUGCAGAUGGCUGACAAAAACACAAAUCAAAAAAUGCAGGAGAAAAACGAUAUUAAAUACGAAGAAAAUCAAAUAAUGCAGGUAAAAGAAGAAAUUAAAUUUGAAGAAAGGAAAAGAAUGCAAGUACGUCAAAAUCUUCAUGAAGAAAAUUAUAAAAUGCUGUCAACAGAUAAAAGAUACAAAGAAAAUACAAAUAACGAUUUUAGAUUAAGUCAACGUGAUGUAGAUAAUAAGCAAAUAUUUACUCACAGUGAUGAAAGAAUAGAAAGUGUUCAAAGCCAAAGUAUAAAUCAACAAAAUAAUGCGUUUGUUUCAAAUGAGUCAUUUGUAAGAGGGUCACAAAAAGCAUUUAAUCAAGAUGUAUUUCUGAAAGUACCUUCCUUAUCACAUAAAAAAAAUUCAAAUUCUCAUAAAGAAGAACCAAAACUGAACAUAGUACAGUUCAACAUCAGCAAAGACAACAAUCAAAAAAAUAACAAUUUAAAUUUACAAAUUGAACAAAAACAUUUGCAAGAUCCCAAUAAGCUCCCAUACCCCUUAUCUGAAAACUUAAACAAAAAACAAGGUUUUGUUGGUAGAGAAUUUGCCGAAAGCGCAAAAAUUAGCAACGAAACGAUUUCUUUGGAUCAUAAAAAGAAUUAUAACCAAGACUAUGAAGUAAACAGCAGAACAGAAAACAGUAGAACAGAAAACAGCAGAACAGAAAAGAACUUUUCAAACAGACCAGAAACAAAAUUAGAAAAAAUAGAAAAAAAAAGUCAAAAAAUAGAAAUGGAAAAUUCAGAGUACUUUAAUGAAGUAAUUAGUUCUCAAUUAAAUCAAAAGUUGAACAAUUCGCAUUCGCAGCUUUUUAAUAAAACAAGUGACGAAAGCAAGCAAAAGGGUUUACAUUAUAAUGCUAUGGGAAAUCAAAAACUACCAGCAAGUCAUUUAGAAAACAAUUUAAGACAUAAAGAAAAUAUGUAUUUUUCAAACAUUUCAUUGCAGCAAAGAAAUGAACUGAGUGAUACUAAUACAACCACUAUAAAUACAACUCGAGGGAGAUCACCAGUACGACGAGAACACAAAAAAAAUAAAAGUGUAGGGAGCGUAGCAUCCUCAGAGUUUAUGAUAAAUAUAAAACAACAGAAUGUUUCAACACAGCAAGAAGAACAAGAAAUAAAAAAUAAGCGAUCAGAUUCAGAGACUCAACUUCAAAAAAGAAGAAGGCUAAGCGAAGAAAGGAGAAAAAAAAGAAGAAGCAACGACGGUGAAAGCAGUUCUGAUGAAAACAUUUCAAGGCAAAGAGAACCAAGAAAAAAUUCCAAAAACAAAGGUGCUCCAAUAAAUGUAGAAGCCAACAGCGGCUCUGAUUUUCUAAGUGAAGCAAUGAAAUCAAGACAAGAAAAAGCCUUUCUUAAUAAAAUUCAAGGUUCACAAAAUACAGAGCGCGACAUCAACUUUACAGAUGUUGGCCAUCUAGAAAACAGCGAAGAAAGAACUAAACGCAGUCUUAAAAAUAAAAUUCGAAAGCAACUAGUUGAUGGAAUAAAAAAAAACUCAAAUUGGAACUCUUUUAGUGACUCGGAAACGCACACGAUAAACUUUACAACAACUCGCACAGAGCACACGCUCAAUCAAAAUGAUAAAGUUUCAGGUAAAGCGAAAACUAAUAAUAGUAAGAGCUUUAACAACGAUUUGUCGUUUCAUAAAAAUACUGAUGAAACAAGGCGUUCUGAUAACAAAGGACAUUUUAAAAAAGUAGAAAAAACAGAGUUUUUAUAUGACGAUGCUUUGGAGUCUAGAAGAGAGGUUGCUAAAACAGAAUUACAAGAAACAACCGAAGAAAUAUCAGGAAAAAAUAGUCAUAAAAUUGACAGGUUUUUAGCAACAAACAAAAGUUUUCCGUCAAUGUCCAACAAGUUUGAACAUGUAAACCAGGAAAACGCAAACGUUUUGCAAACAAGCAAUCAUUUUGUAGGAAACGUUCACGCUAAACCUAACUACCAAUCUGGUGGUUCGCAAAUUAAUUUUAUGGAAAAUCGUAAAAAAGAAACUAGUUCUAUAAAUAAUUCUUCAUUUGAAAGAAGUUUUGAAGAACAAAAUAUUAAAAAGCGUUACCUAUCAAAUGAGGAAACAACCCAUUCUGUAUCCCAUAUUGACACAAAGUAUAAUGUUAAACACAUAAUGCAUUCUAGCGGUAGUUUAGAACAAUCAAAGCCAACACAGGUUUUAAACCAACUCGUUCAAGAUGAAACACAACAAGUUUACAAAAAGUCUUCUCAUACCUUGCAAACAAACCAAUCAAACUACUUGGAAACAAACCAAUCAAACUACUUACAAACAAACCAAUCAAACUACUUGGAAAAAAAUAAAUUCGUUGACAGACAACAGGCCUCUCAGUUUCAUAAAUCACACUCAACAUCAGAACAAACAGCAAGGUCUAAUGCUCUACAAAAAGAAAAUAACGAGAUGUACGCAACAGUGGAAAAGAAGGUUUUAAUCAAGAAACAGUACAGUGAAGCUGAGCUAGAACAAAUGGAACGCAUGGAAAGAGCAAGAAUCAAAAUGUUAUUGAGUAAAGGAGAAUCAGACAGCCCAGUCAUUGUUCAAAAAUUUAAUUCAAGUUCUGUCAAAUCUUCAUCUUUGGAGAACAUUAUUACAAAAGAUGGAGUCCCAUUAUCUCGUUUGAACAAAAUUGAACAGAGUGAAUACGAAAAAAAUUUAGUUUCAAAUAGAUUUAUGAAAUCUAAUAGCGAAUACGAACUUUCAGCAACGCAACAAAAAUACGAAACAUUGCCUAAAAACAGUGGAAAACAAAACAAAACCGAAACUGUCACUCGGUCAGCAACACUUCCACGAAACAUGAAGACACAACAUGUCAUAAGCCAGGAGUACUACAACAAAUCCACUGAUAUUAUAAAAAAUGCUGAAAACACUGGCAAAAGUAAAAGUCGCAGUUAUCGUGAUAUGAAAAUGGAUGUCGAUCUUUUCCAUAAGAAAUCAGGAUCCAACCUAAUUUCAAAUCGGCAAAAUUUUAUGUCAAACGACAGCCUCGGUGGAUAUUCUCAAAUAACCUACACCACUGUUAGUGACAAAGAUUACGAAGAGAAAUACGACGAUUUUGCAACGCAGCUAGACGGAAGCAUAUAUAUGCAUAAAAAUCAAGAUUUGAAAAGUGUCGAUGAAAGUGAACUUCUACGACAUGCAAAACACAUACCAAAAGGGCAUAGCAAAUUUCGUUGCGAAAAAUGUCGCGCAUUGAAUGCUACCAAUCGGCCAGGUGGACCAAUUCAUUUCUGCUGGGAAAGAUAUUUUCCUAUUAGUGAAAGUACACCAGCUCAAAGUGCAAUGAGUCUUAACCGCCUAUGAUAAUAUUCUUUAUAAAAGUACUAGAGAGUCAACCUUAGCAAAAAAUAAUUUAAAAUGCCAAAUAACGGUAAACAAAAAUAAGGGAUUUUUAUUUUAUUAAGUUUAUUGUUAAAAUUUAUCCAUUAGAAAUUUACUUUUAAAUAAAGAAAAUAUUUGUAACACGUUUUAGUAAUAUAAAGACUUUCACUGAUUCAAAUUAGAUACAUAUUUAUACACAAUAUUUAUACACAAUAAUUGAAAA